GGGAAAAACGAACGAUCUGUAACCUAUAAUUAUAAGUUUUUUCUUCGCUUCGCGCUCAGUUGGACUUUCGAAGGCAGAUCGGCGGCAGGCGUAGAAGAAGCAAAAACCGACGACGUGUCUGCUGCGGUGUGUUUUGUGAAGCGAGCUUAUCGUUCGCUGUGUGUUUUCGUGGUUGGCGCUGUGUGCGAGAGCGUUCGGCUGCACUUCGGCUCCCAGCAAGCAAGCAAGUAGAGACUCAUAGAUAGGAAAAGGUUGGUGGUGUGCGAAUCGAUUUUUUCGGGGGCCUUCGUCGCCGCACUCGUACCCGACCUUCCGCUCCGCUUGUACACAUACUGUACACUCUCGCUCCCUCUCGCUCACUCGCUCGCUCGCUCGUGCAGUCCCGACAGUUCUUCUUUUCCUGUUCGUACAGUGUGUGUGCUCAAGUCCGCGGCCUAAUGAACGCCAGUGAGAAGAGGACUUAAUAAUAGUGUUUAGAGUUUAAUUUCUGCUUCUCUCAUCAAGAGCAUCUCGGCGAAGCUAGCAGCAACAGCAGCAGCAGCUACAACGACUCGCGGAUGCUGGAGUACCCGAUUUUCGGUGGAUCUUUGCGAAGAAAAAUUGAACACCGCGCGCGCCAAACCGCGAUCCAGCCAGCGCGAAACAUACGACGGCUUGGACGAAAACGAACGAACGAACGGACGGACGGAGUAGAUUAUCCGAGCCCCGGUAGAAUUACAUGGUGUUAAUCCCUCUUUGACCGGAUUUUGGCGUGUUUUGUUUUUGAAGGAGCCCUUUUGUUUUAACGUUCGCCCGGUACGGGGCUGCAACGGUGUGUGUACGUUACGUGUAUGUAGUUUUGUGCCGUUGAUCGUGUUUUUUCUUCUGUUGUUGAUGUUUUGACCAUCGGACGACCCCAACCGGACCCACUGUGGGGGAGAUUCUGUGUGUACACCAGCAGCAAAAGGUGGAAAGUGCAAUUAAAUGAGAUUAAAUGAUCCAGUGUGUGGUGGAUUAAAGUGAUUGUGUCCUGCUACAAGGAACAAGUUGUUGAUGUUCCGGGGGGAUGAACAACGAUUGACCUUUUGCUUUUGCGGUGUGCGAUUCGUUGGCCAGGAACGAGUAGGAAACUCUAACAGAGAAAAAAUUAAAUAAAAAAUAAACAAGAUCAGAGUGCCACCAGAACGGUGUUUGGAUCAGUGCAUUCGAGGGUUGAAGAAGGAACGGCAACAGCAGCAGCAGCAGCAGUAGGACCCAAUCGGUCAAGAUCACUUUGUGGGCCCUCAAGAUGAUGGCAUCACCGAGUUUUAUGACCCAAUAUCACAAUCAUCACCAGUGGAACAGCAGCAGUCAGGCGCAGCUAUCACCGCUAAACAUCCUUCCGUAUCAAUAUCCGCCUCAGCCACCGUCCGUCAGUAGUCUCGGUUCGGUAGCAUCCCUCGGAUCGGCCGGCCUCUCACCGACACAGUCGAUUGCGUCGUCGAACGGCGGAGGCGGCGGUGGAGGUGGUGGUGGUGGUGGUAUCGGAGGUGGCACCAGUACUGCCAGUAGCAGUUUCAGCACUACCGGCGGAGGCGGCUCGAACGCCGCCAGCCCAGACGUGACCAGUGCGGCAGCAGCGGCUGCCGUUGCCGCCACGACCGCGUACGGUUUCGGCGCAAUGGUUCAGCAGAGUCCGGCAACGGCUGCGGCCCUCGAAAUGACGGCACGGUCCCAGCAGAUGCACUAUCCUUCCUACCAGUACCCGGCGGCUAGCUACUACAACAACAUGGCCAGCAAUCCGUGGUUUGCCCAGGAAUCCAUGUACCAGGGUUGGCACGGAGAAGCGUACGGGCUAAAACUGGAGGAUUACUCACAUCAAACUCAGGCGCAGCGACGAUGCGCUCGUUGUACCUGUCCUAACUGUAUCAACGAAUUGUCCGGAUUACCUCCGGUUGUCGGCCCGGACGAGAAGGGUAAGCGGCAGCACAUUUGCCACAUACCGGGCUGCGAGAAAAUCUACGGCAAAACCAGUCACCUGAAGGCUCAUCUACGGUGGCACACCGGAGAACGACCGUUCCUGUGCAAGUGGUUGUUCUGUGGGAAGCGAUUCACGCGAUCCGACGAACUGCAGCGGCACUUUCGGACUCACACCGGUGAGAAACGGUUCACGUGCAGUAUCUGCAGUAAGAAGUUCAUGAGGAGUGAUCAUUUGGCGAAACACGUGAAAACGCAUGAAAACAAGGCAAAGAAGAUAGCGAAGAAAAGCGAGAAAGCGGAAGAAGCGAAGAUGAAGAAGGAUGACGUUCGAUUAGGGAAAAUAGUGGAGGGAAGUGGAAAGAGACAGCUGGAAGUCGCGGACAAGGGAGGACAGUUGACGGUACCCAAGGUGAAGAAGUCGAAGGCCAUCGAACAACAGGAGGAUAUCAACGCGAACAUACGAAUGCCUCACAUCAAGCAGGAGAAGGGUUAUGAGGGCACGGGCAAGACCGUAUUUUCCGGAAUGGGAGAGUACGGACAGGGCGGUGGGUAUCAGUCAUCCGCGGUGAACUACCACCACCAUCACCAUCCGUCGUCCUACUUCCAGAGUGCGUUCCUGCAGGAUGCCAGUGUUCCGAGCAAAAAUCUAUUCCACAACCCAUACUGCGACAGUAGCUUCCAGAGUCGAACGAAUCUGUUCUCUACCUCGACUAGUAGCAGCGGUGAUUCGCUAGAACGAAGAAUCAGCGGCAAUAACAAUAACAACGCAAGUGAAGUUAGCAAUAGUCUAGUGAAGCUGGAAGAGUACACGAAUAGUCAUAGUCUACUGAACAACGAUAACGGUGCCAGCGGCGGCCAUCAUCAGCGGAGUACUAGCAGCUCCAACGCCAGCAGUAAUCUACUACCUCACUCGCAAGCCCAAGUCUAUCACAUCAAUGCGGAUUUGGCUUCGAAUUAUGCGGCAGCCUACUCCAAUGUGAAACUGGGAGCGGCCUCUGCCUACCACCAUCACCAUCCCAGUCACCCGCAUCAUCACCACCACCAUCAUCAUCCGCAUCAACAUACUGGCAGCACUGGCAGUAGUUAUGACAGCAGCAGUACUAGCAUCAACGAAUCGAACAACAACAAUAACAAUAACGGUACCUCACCGGUGGCGUCGGCAAUCCCGUCGGCAGCCUCGGCGUACAAUAUGAUGAUGAACAAUUACACAAUCCAUCAUCAUCACCAUCAUCAUAAUCAGCAACUACAGCAGCAGCAGCAGCAACAACAACAACAACAGGAGAUCGAACUUUUCAAAUAACCAAACUGUGCGCUCAAUACCACAGCCUACUAGCAUCAGAAACUGCCGCAUUGUUUCCGACUGACUGUAUUAAUAGGGACGGUAUCUUCUUUUGUUGUCGCCCGAACACAAUCCAUCCAAAAUGGUGAGAUUUUUAUGACGUUCCUUUUGUUGCUUGUGGUGCCGAAUUUGCCGGCAUGCGUUGCGUUCCUCUGUUGUACGCGCCUUUUUCUGCCUCCGUUAGGCGCGAUGCCGCCGCGGGAAAAUGUUUGUUUCGUUAGUUGCUUAAGUCACAGACAACAGCUCACCACCAGCAUCUACACCCCCCUCUCAAUCCGUUUUCUCCCGAGUGCCAAUGUACGAAAGUUUUGGUUCUGCUUGACUCUGACUUUCGGUUUGCCAGGACUGUGAGCAACGAGCGCGAACGAAAUGAAACGAAACUGGAAACUAUUAAAUUAUGUCAUGAUUUAUUUAUGUUCCUACAAUUGUCAGCGAGCGGAAAGAUGGAAAAUGUUACAAACCCCCCAAGAAAAUAGAGACAGCAGCAGCAGCAUACUCAAACACACCGCGUCGAAAGCAUGUUAGCACGCCAUUAACAGCGGUGAAAUUAGCGAUUGUAAAAAGUAAUUAAAUUUAUUUAUAAUUUCAUUAAUCAUCUUUCCCAGACCCAGAGUCUUUUAUUUGUGCUUUCUAAAGCAGAACAACUGCACCACAGAAAAAUGAAGUAAAGAAAAAAUAGCGGCUCUAGUUAACUAGACAUUCGCCUAUCAAACGGACGAACAAGCGAGGAAUGUGAACGCGAAGGCAAAAAUAAAACCUAAAUUAAGCGGUGAGCGGUUCAAAUCUUUUUAUUCGCCAAUGUUUUUCACUGCUGCGCGCAUUGAAGCGAUGCGCCGCCAAUGCCGCUAACUAAUUAAUUCGUUCUCGCGCACAUACAAACACACACACACACACAGACAAAACCAUUUCCAAACUUGCUAGUGUAGAGAGUACCCAAUUAAAAGAAAAAAGUACCGCGUGAAAAAAAAAACAAAAAACUACAAACGGGAUCUAUCCUGGCAUCGGACGGCGGCUUGUUGAUGUAUAGUAAUUUAUAAUGUUUACAAUUAAGUAGUAAAUUGCGUACUUCUUACUUCUCAGCCCAGAGCUGAGCGAAAGAUCCAUGUACAAAAACGUGUAUAUUUCUAGUGUUAAAGAACGUUUCUCUUUUGUUCCACCCUGUUUAACUCCCCAUCAAUGCUUCCCCCUGUCUUCGACGUUUUUAUUAAAUGUUUUCGUCAAGCGCACGAAACUAAAUAAAUACAAAUAAAAAUGAAUGAUAUUUUUCCUUGCACAAGUCGCGAAAAGCAAUAACGAAUGCCAUCGGUUCCAUCCAUCCAUUUUACGAAGAAGAAGAAAAGGAGAUGAAAGUGUACAUUCGAUACUCCACCCCCCCUCCAAAUACUGGCGCAACGUAAACUUAGAUGCAAGCAAGUAGUUUUUAGUCAAAUUGCAACUUUUUGGCGCUCCACAGGCGCGAAAAGCUCUGUAUUUUAUAAAUACUGUACAAACGUUUUUCCUUCUACUCAAGAUUAUUACGAAAAAAAAAACGAAGUCCUCUUUACGCUGCCCCACGCCGCAAGCCUGUGUAGAUACAUGUUUUUAAAACCAAGCAAAGAUUCAAAACUUUAUAAAGCUAUAUUAUAUUAGAAGGCAAAAAUUAAAACAAAAAAUGCAAAAAAUCAACAUUUUACCGUGUAAGAGUUCGUACCUUGUAAGUGGAGACACCUAUCGAUGAAUAAGAGAGAUGCAAAUCUGUUUUAUGAAAACCUCAACAAUUGUGAAUGAAAAUAAAAAAAUCUUCGAUGUUAUAUAUAUAUUUAUGAAUUCCAAUUUAAAUAAAAUGAUAAAGCAAUUCCAAAUGUCCAUUUGAAAAAGUAAA